GUAGGACUCCGAUGGGUCGUAGCCGUAGCCGCUCCCCGCGGAGGGAGCGGAGGCGAUCUCGGUCCACAUCCCGGGAUCGAGAAAGAAGGUGCCGAGAAAGGUCCAGGUCCCGGGAGAGGGAUCGCAGAAGGAGCCGCUCAAGAUCCCCACACCGAAGACGCUCCAGGUCUCCAAGGCGUCAUAGAUCCACAUCUCCUUCCCCUUCUCGACUGAAAGAAAGAAGAGAUGACGAGAAGAAAGAAACUAAAGAAAUAAAGAGCAAAGAACGUCAGAUUACUGAGGAAGAUUUGGAGGGUAAAACAGAGGAAGAAAUAGAAAUGAUGAAAUUAAUGGGAUUUGCCUCUUUUGACUCCACAAAAGGGAAGAAGGUAGAUGGUUCUGUAAAUGCCUAUGCCAUAAACGUGUCUCAGAAGAGGAAAUACAGGCAGUACAUGAAUCGGAAAGGCGGAUUCAACAGACCUCUGGAUUUUAUUGCAUAAGACUUGAGGUGUUGGAGGAUUUCCUCCCGCUCAUCUGGGUCAGAGAGUAUUUUAUAUUUUGUAUUUCAUACACCUCAAGACAGGAUCUUGGUUCUUCCCUCUUGUAAAGUAAGAUGGUCUUAUUUAUGA